AUGGCCCGAGAAGAUAGUCCAAAGCGCCUGAAACUUGACACGGACCGCUUCGCCGCAGCUCCAUCUCACCUGGGCUCCUCAUCCAAGCAUAUCUAUGUCCCCCGAAGUCGACUUCAAGGUAACAACUUAGAUGACAAGCACACAAAUACCAGUCGCUCCUCCACUUCCCGUAGCAUUCGAAAUGGAUUCUCAACCCCUCACCAGGAGUCAUUCCAAGGCCUAGAACCGCUUGUCGACAUCGAAGACUCCCUCGCUCUAGAUCGAGACUGGUACGCAGGCGAUGACUUGGGACACACCUUCGGUGACGAGACGCAUAACCCGUUCGGCGGAGCGGACUCUUCAUGGGCAGAUCAACAGCACGAAGUAGCGUUAUCCGAGAAGAAGAACAGCAAGCGCAUCAGCGCGCGCGCUGUGCAGAAACAGAAGGAUGUCGAUGCCUGGGAAACGAAUCGCAUGCUGACCUCUGGCGUGGCGCAGAGGAGGGAUUAUGAUGCUGAUUUCGACGACGAUGAGGACUCAACUCGCGUACAUUUGCUCGUGCAUGAUUUGCGGCCGCCGUUUCUGGAUGGAAGGACGGUUUUCACUAAGCAACUUGAUCCCGUUCCUGCCGUGCGGGAUCCGCAGAGUGAUAUGGCUGUGUUCAGUCGGAAGGGGAGUAAGGUUGUGCGAGAGAAGAGAGUGCAGAAGGAACGGCAGAAGCAAGCGCAGGAUGCUACUAAUAUGGCGGGCACGGCGUUGGGGAAUCUCAUGGGCAUUAAGGAGGAUGAGGGGGAUAGUGCGGCACCGAUCCCGGGCGAGGAGGAAGGCCAGAAUAAAGGUGGAAGUAAAUUUGCGGAACAUAUGAAGAAGAGUGAGGGGGCUAGUGCGUUUAGUAAGAGCAAGACGCUGAAGGAGCAGAGGGAGUUUCUGCCUGCGUUUGCGGUCCGGGAGGAACUUUUGAGGGUUAUUCGAGAUAACCAAGUCGUUAUCGUUGUUGGGCAAACGGGUUCCGGAAAAACUACUCAGUUAACCCAAUUCCUCUAUGAGGAUGGAUAUGCGAAAAUUGGAUUAAUCGGCUGUACCCAGCCACGUCGUGUUGCUGCAAUGAGCGUCGCGAAGCGGGUUAGUGAGGAAAUGGACGUUAGGCUAGGAGGUCUCGUUGGCUAUGCCAUUCGUUUUGAGGAUUGUACCAGUGAGGAAACGGUUAUUAAAUAUAUGACCGAUGGUGUGUUGUUGAGAGAAUCCCUGGUGCAACCGGACCUGGACAAAUACUCCUGCAUUAUAAUGGAUGAGGCUCACGAGCGGGCGUUGAAUACGGAUGUUUUGAUGGGCCUCAUUAAGAAAGUCCUUGCACGCAGGCGGGAUUUGAAACUCAUCGUCACCUCAGCCACCAUGAACGCAGAACGUUUUUCAAAAUUCUAUGGCGGUGCCCCAGAAUUUUUCAUUUCUGGGCGAACGUUCCCUGUGGACAUUCAAUACUCGCGAUCGCCGUGUGAAGACUAUGUGGACAGUGCUGUGAAACAGGUUUUGGCUAUUCAUGUUUCGCAAGGACCUGGAGAUAUCCUCGUUUUCAUGACCGGACAAGAAGAUAUUGAAGUUGCUUGUGAAUUGAUAGCGGAAAGAUUGGCUCUUCUGAAUGAUCCACCGAAGAUUAGCAUUCUACCGAUAUACAGUCAGAUGCCUGCAGAUCUUCAAGCUAAGAUAUUCGACAAAGCCGCGCCUGGAGUUAGGAAAGUGAUUGUUGCCACAAAUAUUGCCGAAACUAGCUUAACAGUUGAUGGCAUUAUGUACGUUGUCGACGCUGGAUUUUCGAAAUUGAAGGUGUAUAAUCCACGAAUGGGUAUGGACACCCUCCAAAUCACGCCUAUCUCACAGGCAAACGCCUCGCAGCGUGCUGGUCGUGCUGGACGAACUGGGCCUGGGAAGGCGUACCACUUAUACACAGAGCUUGCUUUCAAAAAUGAGCUAUACCCGCAAACUAUACCUGAAAUUCAGCGGACGAACUUAGCCAACACUGUACUGCUGCUGAAAUCCCUGGGUGUCAAAGAUCUGCUCGAUUUCGACUUUAUGGACCCACCGCCACAGGACACAAUUACAACGUCACUGUUUGAUCUCUGGGCGUUGGGCGCCAUUGAUAAUCUUGGAGACUUGACACCAAUGGGCCGCCGCAUGAGUGCUUUCCCCAUGGACCCGUCCCUCGCGAAGCUUCUCAUCACUGCGUCGGAGAAGUACGAAUGCGGCGAGGAGAUGUUAACGAUCGUCUCAAUGCUCUCUGUCCCAAGUGUAUUCUACCGGCCAAAGGAGCGACAAGAGGAAUCGGACGCUGCGCGGGAGAAAUUUUUCGUCCCUGAGUCGGACCACCUGACACUGCUCCAUGUAUAUACGCAGUGGAAAUCGAACGGUUACUCGGACACGUGGUGCGUAAGGCAUUUUCUGCAUCCCAAGGCACUGCGCCGCUCCAAGGAGAUCCGCGAACAGUUGCAUGACAUUAUGAAGAUGCAGAAAAUGAGCUUGACCAGCUGCGGGACUGAUUGGGACGUUAUUCGCAAGUGUAUAUGUUCUGGGUACUUCCACCAAGCCGCAAGGGUUAAGGGCAUUGGGGAAUAUAUCAACCUCCGCACCAGCGUUACGGUACAGCUUCAUCCCACAAGCGCGCUGUACGGUCUCGGUUAUCUUCCCGAUUACGUGGUAUAUCACGAGUUAAUUUUGACGAGCAAAGAGUACAUGUCCACAGUUACCUCUGUGGAUCCGCGGUGGCUCGCGGACCUUGGCGGAGUGUUCUAUUCCAUAAAAGAAAAAGGCUACUCAGCUCGUGAGCGGCGCGUGACCGAGCACGAAUUCAACAGACGAAUGGAGAUCGAAGCGCAAAUGGCUGCUGACCGCGAACGGGCGGCUGAACAAGAGCAGAAAAAGGCCGAAGAAGAUUCCUUGCGAAGGAAACGGGAGAGGGAAGGUGGUUCUGCAAGUGUGGGUCUGAGAACUCUUGUGAGAAGGCCUGCCGCCGGCGCGACGGCUGUAAGGAAGCCCGGGACCCCCAUUACUGGUGGAGGAGGUAGUGGUGGAAGUGUGGUUAAGAAGCCGGUUAUGAAGAGGGCGGCGCGAGGAUUUUGA